AUGGGGACAAACCUUGUCCGAACUGGCUUGCUAUGUUUCCUUCUGUUUGGGAUAGUCCACUGUGAAGAAGAUUGUAUCGCGGGCCAGUUUCUGGAUCAGACAAAUGGCUGUACAGACUGUCCGGCAGAUGAAUGGAGUGCAGCAGCAAACACAGCUACUACCUGCACUGCCUGUCCAACUGGAAAAGAGGUAGCCACUGGAAAAGGAACACAAGAAAGUGACUGUACAUGGAAAGAUUGUAUUGCGGGCCAGUUUCUGGAUCAGACAAAUGGCUGUACAGACUGUCCGGCAGAUGAAUGGAGUGCAGCAGCAAACACAGCUACUACCUGCACUGCCUGUCCAACUGGAAAAGAGGUAGCCACUGGAAAAGGAACACAAGAAAGUGACUGUACAUGGAAAGAUUGUAUUGCGGGCCAGUUUCUGGAUCAGACAAAUGGCUGUACAGACUGUCCGGCAGAUGAAUGGAGUGCAGCAGCAAACACAGCUACUACCUGCACUGCCUGUCCAACUGGAAAAGAGGUAGCCACUGGAAAAGGAACACAAGAAAGUGACUGUACAUGGAAAGAUUGUAUUGCGGGCCAGUUUCUGGAUCAGACAAAUGGCUGUACAGACUGUCCGGCAGAUGAAUGGAGUGCAGCAGCAAACACAGCUACUACCUGCACUGCCUGUCCAACUGGAAAAGAGGUAGCCACUGGAAAAGGAACACAAGAAAGUGACUGUACAUGGAAAGAUUGUAUUGCGGGCCAGUUUCUGGAUCAGACAAAUGGCUGUACAGACUGUCCGGCAGAUGAAUGGAGUGCAGCAGCAAACACAGCUACUACCUGCACUGCCUGUCCAACUGGAAAAGAGGUAGCCACUGGAAAAGGAACACAAGAAAGUGACUGUACAUGGAAAGAUUGUAUUGCGGGCCAGUUUCUGGAUCAGACAAAUGGCUGUACAGACUGUCCGGCAGAUGAAUGGAGUGCAGCAGCAAACACAGCUACUACCUGCACUGCCUGUCCAACUGGAAAAGAGGUAGCCACUGGAAAAGGAACAAAAGAAAGUGACUGCACAUGGAGUAAGUUGUUCUUUCCUAAAACUUGGAGGGACCAAAGGGAUUCAUCCUGA